AGGGCUGACCAGACCGUGGACGCUGAGCACACAGACCGACUGACACGCCCCGGGGUCCUGCGCUCCGUGCCGGUGGGAGGAAGCCAUGGUGCCCACGUCGGAAGGCAGCCUGGACACAGUGCUGCCCGAUCUCCCCCCAGGGCCCCUGCAGGCCUGCCGGGCCCGCGCCUCCUUCAGCUGGAGGGAGCUGGCGCUGUUCUUGGAAGGGGAGGACCUGUUGCGCUUUAAGCACACCGUCUUCAGGGCUCUGGAGAGCGACCCCCUGUUCGCGCACCCCCCUGGCGGUGCCCUGUCGCUGGAGAGGUACCGGGAGCUGACCUUCCUGCGCUGCCGGAGGCUCCUGGAGCUGGACCUGCUGCGCCUGGAGGACAUGGCCGGCAGCCCCCUGAAGGCGCUGGCCCUCAUCGGGUGCCUGGGCAUGUACGACUGGUCGCUGGGCACCAAGUUCUUCCUGAACGUGCUGAUUCGCGACCCGAAGACCCUGCUCCCCGUGCCGGGGGUGAUGACCGGCGACAUAGGGAGGAAGCUCGGGCAGAACGGGCUGGACAAUGGAUUCGCCAUGUUCCACAAAGUCUGGGUCCCGCGCCAGAACCUCCUGAACCGCACCGGAGACGUCACCCCCGAGGGCGCCUACGUCACCCCCUUUAAGGUCCGGCCUCUCCGGCGUGUGUGGGGAGCCCCGCCCGGGAUGGAGACCCACGCUGCCGGGCAGCAGGGCUGCCUCUCUGUCUCGCUGUAUCGCUGGGCACCCCGAGUCCGGGACACACACCUCAGCCCCACACAGCACACGGGCCCCGAGCGGGGCCGCCCGGGCCUGGCCAGGACGCCCAAGAGGCGGGCAGGGGCGGCGGAAGGGCCGUCCCCGCAGAGACAGGGCGCGGCACGCGCUGAGUGGACGUCGGCCUGUCACUGCCCCUUGGCGUCCCCAGUGCCCCUGGCAGCGUACGAGUGGCUGGUGUGUUACCUGCUCCGCGAGAGCCACCAGAAACUGAGGCAGGAGAGGAGGGCGAGAGGCAGCGACUUCGAGGCCAGGAACAACUGCCAGGUGUCCUGCUGCCGUCCCCUGGCGCUGGCCUUCCUGGAGCUCACGGUGCUGCGCAGGUUCCACCAGCUCGUGCACGGCCCCGGCGUGCCCCCCUCCCUGCGGGCCGUGCUGGGGCGGCUCUGCGCCCUCUACGGCUUCUGGUCCCUGAGCCAGCACAGCGCCCUGCUCUACCGAGGCGGCUACUUCUCUGGCGAGCAGGCGGGUCAGGCCAUCGAGAGCGCCGUCUUGGACCUGUGUGCUCAGCUGAAGGACGAUGCGGUGGCCCUGGUAGACGUGAUCGCGCCCCCUGACUUCAUCCUGAACUCGCCCAUCGCCAGGGCUGACGGCGAGCUCUACAAAAACCUGUGGGCCGCGGUCCUCCAGGAGAGCCAAGUGCUGGAGCGGCCGGCCUGGUGGGCGGAGUUUGCCACCAACAAGCCAGUCGUGGGGUGUCUGAAGCCCAAGCUGUAGCGCCCGUCACGUGCUGACCCCAGCGCCAUCCAUGGACCCGGUGGCUGCCCGGACUUGCCGAUGCACCUGCUGCGCCCGUCUCAGCAGCCCGACCCACGACCCAGCCUGUCUGCUGGGAGGCCUGGGGCUCCCACGCUGGGGCCCCUGCGCUCUGCACACAGCUCUACCCUGGGUGCUGGAUAGUCGUGGCCUUGGGAUCGAGGCUGGCCUGGGGUCUGACACCCCCAGUCCGCUCCAGGGUACAGAGUCGCCCAGGCCAGCGCUUAAGCCAGAGCUCGAGCUCUUGGAAAAUAGCGCCCUUAGGGUGGCAGCAGUCUGGCUGGGUCCCCCCGUCCCCCAAGUCUGUCCUGACCAGCACCCUCUGACAGGAGCCGGUGGGCGCAGCGGCCCCAGGGCUGACCAGUGGGGAUGGCAUUAAGGCUCCUUCCCCGAAGAAGACAUCUGACAACACCCACAGUGAAAAUCUGAGCGACUGGAAUAAAUCGCGAGCUUGACCUCC